GCGCACUCCGGAUUCCUCCCGACCUCAGGACGCUCCUCCUCACACAGAUGGAUGCAGCUGUACCUCCGAACAUGCUCCUGACUUCCUGAGGAGCAGCAUGAGUAAAGGACGAGCAGCUUUACGCACGGUGUAGGAGCAGCAGAAGCCUUUGGGCUCUUUGACGGGACAACUGGCAUUACGUGGAUUUCUUCACCUGUAACCCACUUAUAGUGAUGCCUCCCACUCACUUUGAGCUCCACUAAGUUGCUCUCCCCCUUUCUCACCCCUCUCCCAAACUUCAGUCAGCGGAGCGUUCUGACAGGAUGGGACCGCAGACCAGGACAGCUCUGUGCAAACACACGCUUCUGUGGUUCGUUGUAGCAGCCUCUCAGUGUGUGUCGUCGCAAGGAUGCGGACCCCACUACGAGUACGCCAUCGAGGAGUUCUGCCUCGCCAAGUUCAGGUUGGAUAUGCAGGAACUGGAUCAGGGACACUGGUGCAGCUGGGAGGACACAGUCGAGCUGUACGGUGACCUGACCAACUGCACCUUCCUGGUGGCGCUGAAGAUGGACUGCUUCUGGCCCAACCGCCUGGUGGACGAGUUCUUCAUCCGGGUGCACAAGCACUACUUCCACGACUGCUCGCUCUCGGGACGGCUCCUCAGGGACCCGCCCAACCGCAUCCUGGGACCCUUCAUCGUGGUGCCCAUCUUGGUCACGCUGCUCAUGACGGGCCUGGUGGUGUGGAGGAGCAAACGCAGUGAGGGGAUUAUGUAGUGAACAGAGUGAUGCUGGGUGGGUGUGGGGGCCACAUGACUCAAGACAAGAGGUACUUUUUUUCCACCAUUCCCACCUGCAGUGACCAAAGGAUGUGGUAAUGUGUGGAAAACAGGUUUUCGAUAUAGGACUAGGAUAACUACAAGAUGGACGUGCAGUUUGGAGCAAGAUGAAAUCGUUUUAAAUUCAGGUCCUGCCUCAGCGCUUCAACACAUCUUCACUGAUAUGAAGCCUGAGCGGCUCAAAUUAUUUAAUUUCUAUCGACAAGGAGCUGAACCACUCUCCUGAAUCUAAUCUGGACCAGAGCACUGGUGGAGAGAUUCUCUAAUAUAAGAAGAAAAAUAAACUUUAUUGAGAGAAACUGCCUCAAAGAUUUUUGGGGAUGUGAUGGUGAUAUGACAAAACACACAGGGAGAUAACCAUCACCUACAUCAGCAAACAGGAGGAAAUGCAGAACUGUCCAGGAGAUCAGUUUCACACUCUGACCAGGACUCAACAAGACACUUACUCUGACCUCUUCUCUGGAACACAGGGACAUCAGAUUGUGUAUAUAUGUAUACGUUCACUGUAAAUGUAAAUAAAUCUGUCAGCUGAUAAUCAGAAUGUCUUUGAAACACAAUCAAGACGACAAACCGUUCUCCAUCUAAUUCAUUUCUCUCUUUCUGUGUGAUGUUUGGAUACAUUUAUUUUAAAAAGACGUGUAUUGGAUUUGAAUUAUAUUCCUAUAUUAUAUAAUCAUUCAGAUGGUUCACUGUGGAAGAAGAAAUGGUUUUCAUCUCCUCUGCUCAUAUCAAGCACCCUUGGUCUCAUCUCUCAGCCUGCAGCUCUCUCUCUCCCCUGAAGGAAACGCAGAGAGGCUCUUCCCCAGCUUCUGCUUCACGGAACCGGCUGAACAAAAGACAGAAAAUAACAACGUCAGACACCGAUGAUUGGUAGAAGCUGUGUUCCGGAGACAGGCACGGGGAGAAAGUCACCCCGGAGGGGUCACGGCCCCAAUUUGGUCCGGCAGUUAUGAUGUUGUGUUGUGCAGUUUCCAUCCGUCCAUCACCAAGGAAACUAAGAUGGAGAAACGCCAACCUAUAGAAACUAGACAUUAAUCCUCUGUCAUGGAUUUGUUUACCAUACAGAAAUAAAAUAAUCGCCCGAAAAAAUAACCAGAUUGAUUUGAAUAUAAGAGAACAAACAGUCAGAAACUCACAGUGGGAAAAACGACAUUCUCGUCUUCAGAAAGGAGAUCAAACACACAACACAUGAAGUCAGCCAACGCACAUCGCUGCAGAGCGCUGCCAUCGCCUCUAGCAGAGCUCGUGUAUCAUAGACCUGAGGUUUCUAUUGAUUUAUGAUCUCCCUGUGUGGUAAAGUGUGCUGCGUGAACUGUUCCCUCAUUGAUAUUUUUUAAUGCUCUCUCCCCUUUAUGGAUGCAUUGACCUAUAACCUGCCUGUCAGCGGAACACACUUUCAAACACACACCCACACUUCCCCAGCAGGAUCUUACUUUGUACUUUGUGCCAAAAGCUCUUUGAAAACAGCAGGAAACGUUGGCUUUGAAAGGUUGAAUUCCCUUAUUUUUUGAUUUUGCUGGGGUUACUUCUAAUGAUUGAUUUUAAAAAUCUAUGAUAAUGGAGUUCAAUAAAAUGUCUGAUUAAUGUG